UGAAUAUAUAUGUCUUUGAACACUUCUCUAUUACAUUUUCCAUUCCAUAUUUUUGACACUUCUCACUACAAUUUUAUUUUCCAUCUCUACUAUUCAACAAUUGCUCUUGCAUGUGUUUUUUCUUCAUGUAAGGUAACUAUUUUCUUAAUUGAUUUCAACUUUUAUAUUUAUAAAUAAAAUGUUAAUGUAAUAUAUGUUAUAUUAUUUUUUGCAGUUAAUAUUUAAUUUCAUUUCCUAUUACAAGUUGUUGUUGCUGCUGGCUACUACUUUUUCGAUCUGCAUUGUCAUCAAAUUAUAUUAUUUGAGAAGAUGGAUCAGUAUAUUCUUCAUCGAAGUUGGAUGUACGAUAUAAAAAGACCGGGGAAAAGGACACUUAAAGCUCAAUUUAAGGAAGGAAUUCGUGAAUUUGUUGCUUUCGCCAUGUCGCAAGAUAUUUUUAGAAGUGAGGGAGGGAUUAGAUGUUCGUGUCUUAAAUGUACGUGUAGGUUGAUUCAGAGCCCAAAAGAUGUCAUAAAACAUUUAGAGGAUGUUGGUUUUAUGGAGGAUUAUUAUGUGUGGAGACAUCAUGGUGAACAAGAGCCGGAUGAGUUUGAUGUUAAUAUGCAGGCUUCAAGUAGUGGAGCGCAUACACAGUGUGAAAACUUUGGCCUCAUGGAAGAUAUGGUUGGUGACGCUCUCGGGGUGAAUUUGUCUUACAAUGAGGGCAUUGAAGAGGAAAUAAUCCCGAAUGAGAAGGCGUUGAAGUUUUACUCAAUGAUGAAAAAAGUAAAUGAACCGUUGUUUGAAGGGUCAUCUCAGUCGAAGUUAUCCAUGUGUGUGAGGCUUUUAGCUGGAAAGUCAAAUUGGAAUGUACCCGAAGAAUGUGCGGAGUACUACACGAAAAUGAUGAGGGAUUCGACUCCUGUACCAGAAAAUUUACCAUUAAGUUAUUAUGAAGCUAAGCAAUUGGUGAUGAAGUUGGGAUUGGAAGAAAAAAAGAUUGAUUGUUGUGUUAACGGGUGCAUGUCGUUUUACGACAAUGAAUUUGGUAAGAAUGAUGGUGCGUUGGAGGAGUGUAAAUUUUGCAAUUCACCAAGGUAUGGAGUGAGUGGCGAUGAUGUUGAUCAUACGAAGAAACGAGUCGCAGUCAAGUCAAUGUUUUACCUGCCAAUAAUACCAAGACUGAAGAGAUUGUUUGCAUCAAUGCACACGGCUGGUCAUAUGACGUGGCAUUAUUACAAUAAAACUGAUUCAGAGGUGAUGCGACAUCCUUGUGACGGAGUGGCGUGGCAGCACUUUGAUAAGGUACAUCCUGAUUUUGCAAACGAUCCACGUAAUGUGAGACUUGGAUUAUGCUCUGAUGGAUUUAUUGCGUAUAACACAGCCUCGGCUAGGCCUUAUUCUUGUUGGCCAAUAAUUGUUACCCCAUAUAAUCUUCCUCCUGAGAUGUGCAUGACAAAACCUUACAUGUUCUUGAGUUGUAUUGUACCAGGACCGUCGAACCCAACUGACGGAGAAUUUCACUGUGAGCAAGAACAUCAAAGCCAACAAGAAAGGGAAGCAGCACAACAAAGACGAGUGAGACGUCGCUACUAUGAAGUGGUACCAAAGUACAAAUCUCAUUAUAUACUUGAAAUUAAGGGUGACUCGUUGGAGCCAUCGAAAAUCUCUUCAAAAUACAUAAGGGAGGCAAUCCAAGCAGUGUAUAAAAAGUCGUGGCCCGUGUAUAAGGAUCUUAAGAAAGAAAUUGGGGAUAAAGUUUUUAAAGAGUUUAAGAGACACUGUGUGUGGGAUCCUCAAUAUGAAUCUGAUGUUGAGCGCAUUUUUCAUCGUUUAGCAAGUUCACGUCUGUCAGAUAUGCUAUAUGAUGAACGGAAGAAUAUUGCUGAAGACCGUUCUUAUCGCCCUCAUUGGAUGGCCGAAGACCAUUGGCGUGCCUUGCUGUCCUAUUGGGCUACAAAUGACAGAUAUAAAAAGCGUUCCACGGCUAAUAAAAGGAAUAGAGCAAGUUCAAGACAAGCUCGCCACACACAAGGUUCUGUUACUAGUGCAACCCACGCGAGACAUAUGGCAAAAGAUCUUGGAAGAGAUCCCUAUGUAGACGAGCUUCAUCGAGAAAACCAUAUUAUACAUGGUACGGAUGUCUACGUUGAUGAUCGCUCCUAUAAUACACAGGUAGCUUUUCGGGAGGAGGUACGACUAUUCUUGGAAGAGCCACGAGAAUAUUCGACCUAUGAAGAAUUGCCUGAUGCGAUCAAGCUGGAACUUUGGAGGAAGGUAUCAGGACCCGGGACAAAGCAUAAAUGGUAUGGUCUUGGUCGGAAUGCUCCCCUCAUGGAGCAUGGAUCUGUAAUCAAUGAGCCUUCAUUUGGAGAAGGGUCUUCAAGUAACCAGGAAACAUUGCCUCCUCAUGUGAUUGCCCAGAUAGAACAUUUGACACAGGAGUUGCAGGCUCGUAAGCUAAUGGAGCAAGAGUUGCGGGACAAGAUGGAACGGGACGCUGAGCAAUAUAGAGCAUUUCAAGAAAGCGUUGAUCGACGAUUUGAGGAAUUGAUCGCAAGCACAUCAAGGCGAGUUGGUGUUGAAGAAAAUGGUUCAGAUGAGUCACACAAUCCCAACAUUGAGGAGGAUGAAAGUGAUGACACCAAUUAAAUAUGAUGCUUCAGAUGAGAAGAAUAUUUUGACUACUUUGUUUAAAUAUGAUGCUUUAGAUAGUU